UUAAGUUUAGGGACCUUUACCACUUGUCCUGCACAACACUGUAGUGCCCAAGUGUGGGUACCUGACCACUCUUGAUUGCCCACAGCGAGGCCUAACGCCCAAGCUUUUUCUGUCAUUACUUUUUUUCCUGGCCUGGUUGUUUUUCGGAUACUUUUUUGUUUUUUUUCACAGUUAAAAAAAAAAAAAAUGAGAGAGAGAGAGAGAAAGAGAGCCAUCUCAGCAGCGCCAGUCGCCUGCAGUGGAGCGUGCCUGGCCUGCAGAGGCAGCCGUCUUCCACUUUUUUAUUCCCGCCCCCGCUCAGGACUAGGCUCUACAAGAGCCACAUUUCUGCCUGCCUGACAAUUCUUCUAGAAGUUCACAAUUGCCUGGACUCCAGUGGUGGUUUUCGGCUCUAGGGCCAAGUUUUUGAAGCCUUUUUCGGGCCAGGACGCCUGCCCUAAAGCCUCAACACACUUAGGAAAAGGGGAACAGGACACCCCGGGAAAUACCCCAGAGAGGGCGGAGCGCUCCCAUCCCCGGGGCAGGGCAAUAAGGGAGCUCCCGCUCCCGGAACGUUGCAAGUAAACUCAUGAAUGUCGCAGGGGGGCACCCGCGAGGGACGGACAGGAAGAGGGCUGGGGAACGCUAGAGCCCGGGACCACAGCACGGAAGCCGGCUUGGGCAGGGUUGCAGCCAGAUCCCGGGAUGGAGGGUUGCCGGUGAAGAGGAUUGAAGAGGAGUGAGGAGGCCGGGGAGGCAGGCCGUGAGGUCCUUAUUGAAGGCCUACAGCCUGCUGGCAGUGGAGAACCAGGCCACCCAGGAAAGAAAGGGGUUAGGUCGACCUGAGCCAUAAUAGACUCAGUCGCCAUAUGGGAGCUGUAGACGCUUUUUGUAGUCCUGGGCUGGCCUGUUUGAAGCAGGCCUUUUGUGAGGAGAGUUAACCCAAACUCCCAAGUUAGAGCCACAUGCCAGACACAUUAGGGUUAGGGCGCCAGCACCUUUGGGGAGGUCUUAGGAAAUGAGUGGGUAGGGGUCUUUUCCAUCCCCUAGCCGGAUUGGCGCGUUAGACGCUUGUAGAUCCAAGGUUGGAUUGGGGAGGGGUCUCCAGGACGUUAGAUUUCUACGCAAGGAUUGGGGGAAUUCAAGUGCUUUGAGAUCUGAGCCAGGCCUUGGGUAGGGGGAGUCAGACAAUUGGAAAGCCUAGGUGGUUAUUUGGGGAGGGGUCUUUGCGCUUUGGUGGAGCGCAAAAUUGUGCCUUAAAAGCCUAAGGCCUUGUCAAGAGAGGUUUCUAUGCAAGAGUGGACCAGCUAGGCCAGACCAAGAGAAAGAAAGUGAAAAAUCAGGACUAUAAGGGGGUGGGGGACCCUGAGAGGGUGGUCACAAAGGGUGAGACAUGGCCACCAGGCGUUUAACCGACGCUUUCUUGUUGUUGCGGAAUAAUUCCAUCCAAAACCGGCAGCUGUUAGCCGAGCAAGUGAGUAGUCACACCACCUCCAGCCCUCUGCAUUCACGUAGCAUUGCUGCGCUGGCUGAUGACCGCAUGGCGCUGGUGUCAGGCAUCAGCCUAGAUCCAGAAGCAGCAAUUGGCGUGACAAAGCGGUCCCCUCCAAAGUGGGUGGACGGAGUAGACGAAAUACAGUAUGAUGUUGGCCGCAUUAAACAGAAGAUGAGGGAGUUAGCCAGCCUUCAUGAUAAGCAUUUGAACAGACCCACGCUGGACGACAGCAGCGAGGAGGAACAUGCCAUCGAGAUCACUACCCAGGAGGUCACACAGCUCUUCCAUAGGUGCCAGCGUGCUGUGCAGGCCCUGCCCAGCCGGGCACGAAGGACGUGCUCGGAGCAGGAAGAGCGGCUACUGCGGAAUGUGGUGGCCUCCCUGGCACAGGCCCUGCAGGAGCUGUCUACCAGCUUCCGGCAUGCACAGUCUGACUACCUGAAACGCAUGAAAAACCGAGAGGAAAGAUCGCAGCAUUUCUUCGACACCCCGGUACCACUAAUGGAUGAUGGAGAUGAUGCUACUCUGUAUGGUCAGGGUUUCACGGAUGACCAGCUGGUGCUGGUGGAGCAGAACACACUGGUGGUGGAGGAGAGGGAGCGAGAGAUCCGUCAGAUUGUACAGUCCAUUUCAGACCUCAACGAAAUCUUCAGGGACUUGGGCGCCAUGAUCGUGGAGCAGGGCACAGUCCUUGAUCGAAUUGACUAUAAUGUUGAACAAUCCUGUGUUAAGACCGAAGAUGGCUUGAAGCAACUGCACAAGGCAGAGCAGUACCAGAAGAAGAACAGGAAGAUGCUUGUGAUCUUGAUACUUGUGGCCGUCAUCGUCGUCCUCAUUGUGGUCCUCAUCGCUGUUAAGUCUCGCUAGUGGCACUGAGUUCUUGAGAGCGCUGCUGCAUGGAGUAGCUGGGCGCUGGGCUCGGCUGGCGCCCCACCACUGAACUGUCUACAGAGCACAGCCUCCUGGCCACAGUGGGCAGUGGGUCUCCCCUGGGCUCCCUCUAACUGCAGACUGGUGUGCAGGCACAGCCGUGUUUUCCUUCGCUGUCCAGAGUCGAAGAGACUGGCCUGCAACGAGCUGUGCUGUGAACGGAGUGGCAGGCACAGGCUUCGCUGACGCUGGGUGACGUGUGCAUGCUCUCUGUUAGCACUCCUGUCUGAGCAGCAUGUUGAGUAAUUUUUGGGAAAUUUUUUUCAACCAUCUGGUUUUUAAGAAGUUUGGUACCAAAAAUUUAUCAGUGUAGAGGCAAUGCCUCUUUAUCUUCCCAGCUGAAAACAAAGCAAGAAGUCCUUCAAGGAUUUAUAAUCUGUUCCCAUUAACUUAAUUUAGCUUUCCAUCACUGUUAACGAUCAGAGUAACAAAGUGUGAAAAAUAAGAAACCAUCAUUGAUGUUAAUUAACACAUUUAGACGGGCCAGUUAAACCAGCUCCAUGCCUUUAAAUCAACUGUAAAUAGCAUAUUUCUCAUUCAGAAUUUUGCCCUGCAUUUUCUACUAUAAACCAAGAGGGGUUACUAAGCCAAACCUCCUGAAUCAGAAACUUGGCCAUCUGAACCAACCUCACAUUACAAGAAAGCUUGACAGUGUUACGAGCUAGGUUGAACCAGUGUGUCCCCAGCCACCCUUCCUCAGUCCAUUACUUAUGUUCUAGCUACGUAAUGACCUGUCCAAACUUGACGCCAUUUAAUGAACUGUGAUUUUACACAGAGGCCAUUUUAAAUGGGUCACCCCAUUUAGGAUUAGUGGAUCUCAAAUUAUUAACCAAACAUCACUCCAUUUCAAAGUAAAAUAUUCCUCCCAUGAUUUGAUUUAUUGACUCCUCCGUUGCCACUUAGCUGUGCCCAGAAAGUGGGUAUAUUCCCGAGGACAGUAAGGACCUCAACUACCGAAACCUUAUGUAUAUGUGUGUUCUGAGUUUCUGUGCGUGCAUAUGCGAGAGUGUGAGUGAGUAUGUGUGAGCGAGCGUAUCACAUGCAUAUCAGAUGCCAACGUGGGGCUGUGUUUACCUGUAACUACGGUGCUUGUGUGCUCUGCAGAGCCAGAGCCAUACGGACCAGACGGACGGAGCUCUGAAGACGAGGGUGUGCGUAUCUCACUUGCUCUGUUUGCAUCAACACUGCUGCAAUUUUUGUGAUCUUUGUGUAAUUGUUGAUGGCUUUUAAAAACUGUCUCUGCCUCUCUUAAAUUAUUUAAACAGCAGCCCCUGUUAAGUGUGUUACUUUGUGUUUGGACUGGCAUAUGGAACGCCUUUCUGGGACUCACUGAAGGGCAUCUGGAAACUCCGGCUCAGAUGCAGACAUGGAGUCAUAUAGAGCCGUCAUGUGACAGCCUCUGCCUGCCCGUGCCAUGGGACGAUGGGGUCCGAAGCUUUACUGUGUUCUCUGGCAAUGUUAAUAGAGAGGGUUGGGAAAGAGGAGGCGGCACCCACCCUACCACUUCAGAACUGGGGGAGGAGACUCGGCAGCCUCCUCUCAGCCUCUGAGGUUAGGCUGCUCCUGGGCGGACUGGCCAAAUUAGGGCACUUGCUCCAAGCAAUCUGUGGAGAUCAUGCUGAGGAGUUGUGAAAGCCUUGAAGAAAGUGACCUUUUAAGAAAAGGAGCACUAUUUAUUUAUAAUUUAUUUCCCUGAAUAGAUUUUUUUGGAGAGGUGGGGGUUGAUUUUCCUCUAACUCACCUGGUUAGAAAUUGUCCCAAGGACCUGUGGGGAGAGGGACUGUCCCCUUCUGCCUGAAGGCGGUGUGGGCUGGUGGGUGUCCUGAAGGCAUGGAUUCUCGGCCUGUACCUUGCUCCCGAGCUUUAUGCGCCCACUCGAUGGAGUCCCACUGCCCUUUUCUGUUGAGCCUCUUCUUGUGGGGAAGAUGAGGAGCCUUUGAGAAGUUUUAGUGUCCAUGUCCUGGUACGGUAAUUACCUCAGGGUAAUUGCUUUUGAAAGAGGACUCUCCGUACCUGCUGACAGUCACACAGACCUGUCUCUCCCUGUGCCUGGGAAGCACCUUGGGAGGAAGCCCAGCCUCUGGACACCACCUCCCUCUGCUGCCCUGCUGGCUCUUGUAGAGUUGGGGUGGAAGGAGAGAGGGAAAGAGCUGUUGGUCCUUCGGGGCCCCGAUCUUUCCUAAGACUAGCUUAAAGUUGCUGUCUGUCAUUUUGUUUGUUGGGGGUGGGGGGACAUUGGGGUGCUGGCUGGGCCACUGUGUGAAGCAAUGUGUGUCUAAUUUAACAGAUGUACCACUUUCUCUGCUAAUUGAGAGAGCAUUAUUUAUUUGUUUUGACACAAGUGCUUGCAGCGUUUCAUCCCAGCUAAUGGCUUCUUAAAGGUAAUAAAACCCUUCAACCUAAUUGGUCAGAUAAGACUUUUCCCUUGUAUGCUUAAAUAAAGCAAUUAGUGAAAUGCUUCCAUCCAAAACGACUUUUUUUUUGUAUAAAUUAAUUUACUGUUACUGGAAACUUUUGUACAAUAAAGCAAUCUCACAGAUUGAAGAGCA